AAUGGCACUAAUGCUACUGUUCUCCAUUCUUCAAAGUCAUCCCAGUCUGACUUGUCUGCAGCGAUGAAAAGCUCAGAGGCCACAGAGAAGCUUUUCCUGCAGAUUGUUUGGGACUGGUUAAGAGAAUGGCAGAUCCUCCGAUCCCCGUUUUUUCCAGUUUUAUUCUCUCUCACUGUUUACCUGAGUUGCUGUUUGCCUUACAUCUUUUUGGAUUUGCUCUGCUCAAGACUGAUCCUUAUACGUCACUUCAGGAUCCAGCCUCAAAACCAAGUGACAUGGACGAAGGCUUGGAGGUGCUUGUGCAAAUGUCUUCACAACCAUGUCUGUUUCAUUCUCCCCCUUUCUGUUGUGCACUGGUACUGGAGACCUGUGGUUUGUCCUCCACUGGCACCGGAGAUGCAAUCUGUGAUUCAGGACGUGCUGGUCUGCCUCCUCCUGUUUGACACGCAGUACUUUUUGUGGCAUUUGCUGCAUCACAAGGUGCCCUGGCUCUACCGUUUCUUCCACAAGGAGCACCACCUCUACACUGCCACUUUCUCCCUGACGGCAGAACACACAGGUGUCUGGGAGAUGCUGAGCCUCGGCUUCUUCGCAAAGCUGAACCCCAUGCUCCUGGGCUGCCAUCCACUCACUGAGAUGUUAUUCUUUGUCACUAACAUUUAUCUGUCUGUGGAGGCUCACUCGGGCUAUGAAUUUCCAUGGUCUCCACAUAGACUGGUGCCUUUUGGCCUCUAUGGAGGAGCUCGGUAUCAUCACCUCCACCACUUUAAAGUCAAAGUGAACUACGCACCUUACUUCACACACUGGGACAGACUCUUUUACACGCUGCAGGAAGACGACAUAGAGGACAUCAAAUGACAGAGAGCACAUGAUUGUCAGUAGAGCAGUGGAUUACGCUGCAAGAGUGGCUCGAAGUCACGAUUAGAAUUCAUUUAACUGAGCUGACCACAGCAUUCAUUUAGCAUAACGAAGAAUAUUUCAAAUUAUUACAUGUAUAACUUUCAAAAUCAUACGUUGUUGCCAUUUUAAUUCUUGUUUUUUCUAACUACUUUACUGCCACUGACCGAAAAGUAACCUAGCUGUCAAAUAAUGAAAGUAGAGUUUAACAAGAAAUAUGUUUUAUACCUUUCCUUUAAUCUCUAAUCAGUUGGUUCAAAAAAAUAG